AUGGAUCGUCAUGCCGAGAAAAGAUGUGGAGAGUGUUACGGGUGCCAGAUGGGUACAAAGAACGUUCCACCCCCACCACUGAGGUCAACAGCAUUACCCAACCAACCAUGGGAAGAAGUAACUGUGGAUCUAAUUGGUCCGUUACCUUCUGGAGAACAUUUUUUAGUUCUCGUUGAUUAUUACAGCCGGUGGAUAGAAGUUGAUGUUAUCCGAACAACUUCCAGCCAAACCAUCAUCCAUUGCUUGGAUGCCCAAUUUGCCAGACAUGGGUUGUCUAAAGAUCUGCGUACCGACAAUGGCUUAAAUCUUGUAUCUAAAGAAGUAGAAGAUUACUUGAAUCAAAUGGGGAUUGAAGACCGUUACACAACACCUCUAUGA